AUGGCUGGCGUGCAGACUUAUAAGCUUGGAGAUUGGAAACUCCAGUCUGGAGAGACAAUUCCAGAUGCUCACAUUGCUUACAAAACGUUUGGAGAUCCCAAGUCUCCCGCUAUCAUCUAUCCGACGUGGUAUUCUGGGACUAUCGACAACAACGAAUGGCUCGUUGGCGAAGACCAUACUCUAACCCCAAAGAAGUAUUUCAUCAUCAUCCCAGCGCUAUUCGGGAAUGGCCAGUCGACGUCGCCAUCCAACUCCAAUAUUAGACCAUUUCCCAAAGUGACCUUUUAUGACAAUGUGAGAGCACAACACACGCUAGUCACGAAGCACCUGGGCAUCACGCAUGCUCGUGCGGUCCUCGGGUGGUCGAUGGGAGCAGGCCAGACGUACCAGUGGGCCACUAGUUAUCCGGACUUCAUGGAUAUUGCGGUCCCAUUUUGUGGCGCCGCCAAAACCUCGUUGCACAACCAAGUAUUCCUUGAAGGGGUGAAAUCCGCUCUCCUCGCGGCCCGAAAGAACUCAUCGGCUGGUUCUUGCGAGGAUGGAACCCUUAGCCAGGGCGAAAAGUAUCGCACUUGGACUGCAGAGGAGAGAGAAGUCGGGUUGAAGGCAUUUGGCCGGGGUUACGCGGGGUGGGGGUUUUCGCAGGCCUUUUAUAGAGCGAAACUCUACGAAAGCGCCCUUGGCUUCAAGGACUUGGAAGACUUCAUGGAGAAAUUUUGGGAAACCUGGGCACUUUCUAAAGAUCCCGAAAAUUUGCUGGUCAUGCUUUAUACUUGGCAAGCUGGAGAUUGUUCCAACCAGGCGCCAUACAACGGCGAUUUCAGAGCAGCCAUGCAAGGGAUUAAAGCAAAGACACUUGUGCUACCCGGUAAAACCGACUUGUACUUUCCCCCCGAAGAUUCAGAGAUUGAAGUUGCCAAUAUGAAAGACGGAAUUGGAAAAAUGGAGGCUUUCCCAAGUAUCUGGGGACAUUGGGCUGGAGGACCUGGCGAUAGCAAGGAAGAUGUAGCGUGGUUGGAUCAAAAGCUUCGGGAGGUCGGACUUGGCGAUAGCAAGGAAGAUGUAGCGUGGUUGGAGCAAAAGCUUCGGGAGGCCGAACUUUGA